GGCUUCCCUGCCAACCAAACAACAACCGCUUGGCUUGGCAGGCGCCAAAAAUCGUGGGUUGUCGCAUGACUGAGACUCAUGACAUCAACCGAAACUCCAACAACUGAUGUUUCCGUCAAUUUGACUCCCUUCAUGUCUUAUCAAAUGCAGUCAACUUCAACGAUGGAAGGCAAAAGGAACGUGGAAUCUCAUACCAAGCCGCUCUCUGAGCGCGACAAACAUAUCCUCAGCAUCUACGGAACGGUGCCAUCUGGAGGGAUCCUCGGACAGCAUGCCAAACAGCGAGUCUACUUCGACUCGGGAGAUUACGCCCUUUCUGCAGCCAAGAGAGAGACUGACAGCGGCGCCAUCCAUACUGGCACCUCGCAUCCUGUCCGCGGCAGCAUCUCGCAUCCCUACGCGCCGAUCCCCAACACCAGUAAUGUUGUAACGGGUGCUGAUGGAGGCUUUCAUGGCAAGGAUUAUCCUAGCACGGGACUUGUGAGCAGUCCGCUUUCUCAGGAGAGUGAUACUACUGCUGAAGAUUAUUUCGGAGACCAAAGUGAAGUCACUGAUUAGGAUGCGAGAAAAGUCAAGGUUACUGGAGGGUCAAUAAGAGAUGCGGCCAUAAAAGCUUUAUCCAUAAGUCUUGCCAAUUUGUAACAGCGUGAUAAGCUAUGUGGUGGGAAAUUAUGAUACAUCAUACCACGCAAGACUUGCAAUUCGUAGGUUUCACAUUUAUAUGUUAUAGGACGUUGACCUCUUGCAAGAGCCCGGAAAUAUAAUCCGAGGCUCGGCUGGGAUUUGAUGAACCAGCGAGGAGAAAAGACCGCCGUCUCUCGUAUGAGGUCUAGGCACAUCUCUG